CCGACAAUGGAGAUUCAGAGAGGUGGCAGAAGCGAGCAGAAACAGAAGCUGCGAGAGAUCGAAGUGAUGAUAAUUUCCGCCCACAAUCUCAAGAACGUCAAGCACUUGCACAAGAUGAAGCCCUACGCCGAGGUCUACGUGGACAAGAACGUCCACGUCGCCAAAACCCACGUCGACGAGCACGGCGGCACCGACCCCACCUGGAACGAGGUAGUCAAGGUCAACUUCCCCGGGGGGCUGCCGGAGAGUGACGUCAAGGCGGCGCUCAACGUCGACAUCUACGCGCAGGGGCAUGUCAGGGACAAGCUCGUUGGCAGCGCCAGGUUGCUGCUCUGCGAUGCGCUCAAGGACGGGGACCCAUCGGAGCCGAUGGACAACCCGAUCCAGUGCACCACGAUUCGGGUCUGGAGGGAGUCCGGUGGGGCCCAGGGGCUGCUCCACCUGUGGGUCCCGCCGACGGGGAAGUUUAUGUUGAGGAGGGAGUCACUGUCUUUCAGUAUCAGGGAGGAGACGCCGGAGAAAGAAAUGGUGGCACCGCCGGCGGAGAAGGCGGAGGUGACGUCGGACGAGAGUGAUAAUUAGCAUUUAAAAACUGCGCAUUGACUCGUUAAGCUAGCGUUGGCAUGUUUUUGUUUUGGGGCGAGAAGCAAGUGUUUGCAUCUACUAGAAAUUGGCAUUAAUCGGUCUGUGCGUUAGAUUGAAAUGGCCGUAACUUAUUUAUGUUCACAAAGCGGUGGCGACCAAACAAACAUUAAAUAGUUUUAAUUUAAUGAAAGUAGGGAAUUAGUUUAAUUGCUAUCUUUAUUGUUACUGUUGUUGUUGUUAUUUUUUCUUGGGAUAACACGAGAGG